AUGGCCUCCGGCUCGAGUUCAUCCACUGCUGGACAAGAAUCCACCCCUGUUUACAAAUUUCCAGGAGCGCUGGAGGAGGGCAAGCUGAGCAGCACAAAUGGCAACAGCUCCGGACCACAUACAGCUGACGCGCACGGACCGUCGACUGCAUCCAUGCUGCGCAACGCGAGCACCAUCGGCGACGGCGUACUCCUCAUCGCCGCGCUCUGCUUCCACUCCGUCUUCGAAGGCAUCGCCAUUGGAGUCGCCGAGACGGAAGCCGACGCGUGGAAGGCGCUGUGGACCAUCAGCCUGCACAAGAUCUUCGCCGCGAUCGCCAUGGGCAUCGCGCUGCUCCGGAUGCUCCCCGAUCGCCCCCUCCUCUCCUGCUUCGGCUACGCCUUCGCCUUCGCCGUCUCCAGCCCCAUCGGCGUCGGCGUCGGCAUACUCGUCGACGCCACCACGGAGGGCCGGGUGGCCGACUGGAUCUAUGCCAUCUCCAUGGGCCUCGCCACGGGCAUCUUUGUCUACGUCUCCAUCAACCACCUCCUCGCCAAGGGGUACAUGCUACAGAGGCCCGUCGCCGCCGACACGCCCGUCGGCCGGUGGCUCUCCGUCGUGCUUGGCGUCGGUGUCAUCGCAGUCGUCAUGAUAUGGAACGCCUGAUCCUGAAUUCGUGAUUCAUGAGAACUAGAAGCAUUUAGCUAUGGAUGUAAGCCUAUUGUGCUGCUAUAAGUUUCUGCUAG